UUUCAAGGCGCAGACGCGUGUGUGUUUGGAUCUGUGUGCUGCGUGAUAUUAUUUGAGUGACACUUCUUGCCAGAUGACUGACCUCUUGCCAGUGGUGGUGGUGCAUGGAGGGGCAGGGUUUGUCCCAAAGGAGCGGAUGGAACUGUCCAUUUCAGGGGUUUGUGCAGCAGUGCGGACAGGGUACGCUAUCCUCAAGGGAGGGGGCAGCAGCAUGGAUGCUGUGGUGGAGGCUGUGAGCCAGAUGGAGAAUAACCCUGCCUUCAAUGCAGGCUGUGGGUCAGUGCUGAACAUCAAAGGAGAGGUGGAGAUGGAUGCUAUCGUGAUGGAUGGCAAAACACUGGCAAGCGGAGCAGUGUCCGCAGUACGCAACAUAGCUAACCCCAUCCAGCUAGCAAGACUUGUUAUGGACAAGACCAGUCACGCGUAUCUGACAGCCGAAGGUGCUAAUCAGUUUGCUCGAUCCAUGGGGAUUGAGGAGGUCCCCCAGGAGUCCCUCAUCACUGAGUAUUCCCGCAUGCGCUGGAGGAAGAACCUUGCACCUGAUGCCAACCCUGUGGAGUGCCAAAUGGGGAAGGCAGGCACAGUUGGUGCAGUAGCAGUUGACUUAGAGGGCAACUUAGCCUGUGCAACUUCCACUGGUGGGAUGCUGAACAAGAUGGAAGGUCGGGUGGGUGACACCCCCAUCAUAGGGUCUGGAGGGUAUGCUGACAACCAGUCAGGAGCAGUGUCCACCACAGGCCACGGUGAGACCAUCAUGAAGAUUACACUGGCCAGACUCAUCCUGUUCCACAUGGAGCAAGGUCGGUCGGUAGAAGAUGCCAGUGACUUGGGCCUGGCCUGCAUGCAGUCCAGACUUGGGGGGCUAGGCGGGGUAGUGACAGUGGAUCCUCAGGGCCACUGGGCUGCCCGCUUCAGCAGCAACUACAUGUCGUGGGCUGCAGCCCAGAGGGAUAUUGUGCACUAUGGCCAGUACUCUGGAGAACACUUCACCCAAAGCAUCAACUGAUGGAUGUUGUUGUUCUUUUUUUUUUAACUAUCAUUUUUAAGAGAGAAUUUGAUACUACUUGGACAACAAAAGAAAUUCAGUACAAGUUUAUCCGGGUGCUAAGAUAGAUGGUCAUUGUGCAUUUGAUUAAAACACAAAGUUAUAACACAAAAUGUUUUUAUCCGCAAAGGCUUACAGAGCCUAUGAAUUCUAGGCUGGAACUAAUUUCAGAUUACACUCUUAAAACUGAUCUUUAAUGCAGUCUUAACAUUGCCUUAGUGCUUGUAUGUUAGCAAUCACCAAUCACAUCAGGCCUAGCAAGGGCUUUAUUUAGGAUAAAUGGUAUUAAGCAAUAAGUUCAAAAUCACCAGUAAAUCAUGUGUAGAUGAUUGUUUUUGGCAGCAUUGUACCAGAAACCAAGUCCAGACCGUAACCGUGAAUACCCAUGAACGUUUUUUUAUUGUAUGUUCAUUAAGUUCAGGUUUCGAGUGAGUCUGUGCAGGAAGCAAAGUGGACACGAGUCCUGUAGGUCCUGUACAGGACUUAAGAACUCCAAGCCAUUCAUUUGAUCUCAUUUCUUAAGAAUAAAAUUACAGAGUUGUUUAAAUUUCUUGAUUGAAAAAAAGAGUUUUCGUGAGAUUUCUUUAAAUGAAUGUUUGAAUGGCAAUCACAGCAAAAUAAAUCGGAAACUGAAAAUGUGGUGUGGGGACUUUAAAUAAACUGAAUUGAAAUAUUUGUGAA